GCCUCGGGAGGCGCGAGCGGGGAGCACGCUGGGGCCAUGGCCCCCCGGCGUCUCCUCCUGGUUGGGGAGGGCAAUUUCUCUUUCGCCGCGGCUCUGAGCGAGACACUGGGUCCGAGCACCAGUGUGACUGCCACCUGCCUCCAGGGCCCGGCCGACUCGGCCCGGGAUCCGGCGGCCCGACGGAACCUCCAGCGCCUGCGCGAGCGAGGUAUCGAGGUACGUUUUGGUGUGGACUGCACCCAGCUGGCAGAUGCCUUUGAACUGCACGACAGGGAGUUUGAUCGAAUUUAUUUUAACUUUCCUCACUGUGGACGCAAAGCUGGAGUAGCUAAGAACAGGGAACUGCUUGCCAAGUUUUUCCAGAGCUGUGCAGACGUUCUUGCAGAGGAAGGAGAAAUCCAUGUGACAUUGUGUAGAGGACAAGGUGGGACACCAGCUGAUGAACCCAUGAGAGAAUGGCACAAUAGUUGGCAAGUGGUUGCCAUGGCAGCUCUGGGGGGAUUCAUUUUAAGUGACGUGCAUCCCUUCAGCUGUGAGGCUGUGCCAGGGUACAAGUGCACUGGAUAUAGGAGUCAAGCUAAAUCCUUUCAUGUAGAAGGUGCUUUGAAUCAUAUCUUCACCCAGAGCUUACCCUUUGAAGGUUCACAACCCAGAAUCUUUAAGAUCAGACUCGAUGACCAGUGGUUUUCCUUUCCAGAACCAGAAGGACUUGCAGGGAAGUUGAACAGAGGUUUCCUAGAAGCACCUUCAUCUCAUCCUAUCAGAACCAUAAAUGAGAAACUUAUUUCUGAAUUGGGCAAAGCUUUCCCUCUGAAAAGGCUGAAGUGCUCCUUCCCUUUGCUGCCACAAGGACCCACCAGUGUUCUCACUCACUGGAACUGUGACGUUCUACCAGCUGCCUUUUGGAUUAGUCUUUGUGAAGAUAACUCAAGUCCUGAGUCCCUCCCUGGUGGGACGAGACAAGACAUGGAGGACUUUCUAGUAUCAUUUUCAGAACUUAGCCUUCCCAAGGCUCCUGGAAGAGACAGUAAGGAAGAAGCUCAUAAAGGAACCUAUGACCAAGCCAAGGUCUGCCUUAGACCUUCUCUCCUAGUUCAUGUUCAGACUGUCAUCCAAGCACCAGACUUCCUCCCAGGUUCUCUGCAUGUCCUUAGUGGACCUGUCUUUCGGAAGUGCCACAUCUUGCCUUUCAGAAUGCCAGCAUUUCACGAGACUUUACUUAUCCUUGGGUUUAAUAAAAAUCUGAAGGAUGGCUCUCUUCAAUCACUAUUGGAUCAUCUAAAGGGCAUUCUGGAAAGCCUUCUGACCCAGAUAUCAUUGGAGGGCUCUAAACUGAGCAGCAGUUCAGUGGAAUUUGUCUUUCAACCAAAUGGGAAAGAUUAUAUGAUUAAUGUGAAGUCUCAUAAUUUUGGCCCAGGUUGUGCCAAGGAUCUGCUUAUUGGGUCUAUCACUACAUCUGUUGCAAGCAUCGUAAACAAGGACCAGUGUUUUGUGUUUGUGUCUAUGAACUUGGACCUAUUAGCCAUGCUUGUCUGGGCUAUCUCUGACUGGAGGAUGUUGUGGACCUUUGAUAACCGUUUCCUAAAGAGUUUUAUCCCUGGGAAAAUAGAACCCUUUAAAAGCUAUUCCCUAUAUCCUCCAUGCUAUGUACAUGAUAUUAGUUUUUGGAUAGAUGAGGAGAAAGGGUUUGAUGAAUUAGAGUUUCACACCAUGGCCCGAGCAGUGUCCCAGGACACUGUCACAUCCAUACAAUUCCUUAGUUGUUUUCAGCAUCCAAAGACUGAACAGGUUAGUCUCUGCUAUCGACUGACCUACCAGACCUGUGACAAGGCCCUCACCCGGCAGCAGGUGGCAUCAAUGCAGUCCCAGUUUAGAAAGGAGAUUCAGCAAAGACUACAUGUAACAGUUCGGUAGUUUAGUAAAUUUAUUCUCCAGUGUAAUCUUUUGGGUGUGGGUAUGGAUGAAAAAGAGCAGUUUGUGCCGCCCAGCUGUCCUUUCUGGACUGUGAUUUUGUGAACUCUUUUACCUUGUGACUAGCCAAUGUUGGUUUACUCUAUAAAGAAACUGUGACUCUAUCACUUAAACUUACAGACUAUAAUGUGAUUGUGACUUUAAACUUAGAGGUUAUAAAGUGAUUGUGCAAUAUUUUGAUCCCGAGUAAUGACUAGGAAAACAAAACGGCAAAUUGUACUUUAGAUGUUCUCUUGCUGAAGUGGCAGAACUUGAGUAUCUUAUCAAAUCAAAUGUAUUUUCAACACUGCCAAUGUUUCUUCCCUUAACACUUUUGUAUCAUCUCACUUAGUCAACUUAUGAGAGUGGUUUUUAGAGCCAGACAGACUAACAUUUAUUAGCAUGGGUAAGUUUCAGAGGUGCUCCCUAAUUAGUUCUGGUAUCAUCGUCAUUGUCAUCAUCAUCAUUUUUAUUCCGUGGUUGAAUACUGUUAAAGUCAUGGAACCAAUCACUGUCAGGCUUAGAGCUCACACUCGGAUCUGAGUCUAAACCCCAUAUUCUUUCUUCCACUUUCUUUUACUUCUCCUUCUCUAGUCGUCUUCAGCAGUAACCUCUCAAAUGUGAUUAGCUCUAAAUUUUGGCCCCCUAAGAUUUCGGGGCCUUCUGUUUUAAGCAUCUUUAAGGGACACAGGGAGAGUGGCUCAGCCCAGGACUUGGCAGAAUGGACUAUUCUAAUGAGAAUUAAUGUAUGUUCCUGUUAAUUGCUAGGCUCUACAGAUUAAAAUUAUAAGCUCUGGAGAAAA